AUGCGGAACCCCACUGAUGGACAUAUGGAGAACGCGCUACGUCACUCGCCCUCUCCACAUGCAGCGAGCAGACUAUGCCAUGGAGCGGAGAAGGAGGGUGGCAUCGCACAGCCGUUGGACACGGCAACAUGUGGCGCGACGGAUGUGCAUGUCACGCACCCACCAGCGAUGGAAAAGCGCAUUUCUCGCGCAUGUCUCGCGCAUUUCUCCAUGGCCCCAGCCACAUGCGACAUGGGCAAAUUGUCGAUUUUCUGCCGCAUCGAAAUUUGCAAUGACCUCAGUGCUGUGGCGCACAAGCCGGGGUGA